CUCAAAAUGGUAGGUGUUCAGGAGUGUGGCUUCAAAACAACAUUUAUUUCUCUUGUGAAAUGUUAUUUCAUGUCUAUUUAUAUUUCCAAAUUAUAACUGAUAAAAUUAUUUGCGUAUCAGAAGGAUUGUUUGAACUGAAAUAUGUCUUAUCAGGAUAAGACCGACAGCUCGGCUGCCUUUGGCUCAUCAUUUCCAAAAGAGUUUCACUAUGGCAUGGAUAAUAAUGAGCCUGAUUCCCAGACCAUGCCCGCUUCACAGAAGCCACGGAUUCUUCUCAUGGGACUCCGCAGGAGUGGGAAGACAUCGAUACAGAAAGUAGUUUUUCAUAAAGUCUCACCAAAUGAAACGUUAUUCCUGGAGGCAACAAAUAAAAUUGUCAAAGAAGAUGUAUCGAACUGUUCUUUUGUGCAGUUUCAAAUUUGGGAUCUUCCUGGCUCCGAUCAUGUGAAUAUCUUUGACACAGCCAACUUCGACACAGAGUCUAUUAUUAUGGGGUGUGCUGCCAUUGUCUUUGUCAUAGAUGCACAGGAUGAGUACACAGAUGCCCUCGCUAAACUCCACACCACAGUCUCCAAAGCUUUCAGAAUAAACCCGGAUAUUAAGUUUGAAGUGUUCAUCCAUAAAGUGGACGGUCUGUCAGAUGAUCACAGAAUAGAAACACAAAGGGACAUCCAUCAGCGAGCCAAUGACAAUCUGGCAGACGACGGCCUGGAAAAUAUCCAUCUUAGUUUUUCCCUAACAAGUAUUUAUGACCAUUCCAUCUUUGAGGCAUUUAGUAAAGUGGUACAGAAGUUAAUUCCUCAGCUACCCGUAAUGGAGAACUUACUUAAUAUACUCAUCUCUAAUUCGGGUCUGGAGAAGGCCUUCCUGUUUGAUGUGGUAUGUAAGAUCUACCUUGCGACGGACAGCUCUGCUGUAGACAUGCAGUCCUAUGAACUCUGCUGUGAUAUGAUCGAUGUUGUAAUUGACCUGUCCGCAAUAUAUGGUCAAAGGGACGAUGCAGCAUUUGAUGAAAAGACACGAUCCACCAUUAAACUGAACAAUGGAACGAUUCUGUAUCUUCGGGAAGUAAACAAAUAUCUGGCUUUAGUCUGUAUACUUAGAGAGGAUAGCUUUGAAAAACAAGGAGUAAUAGAUUACAACUUCAUGUGUUUCCAACAAGCCAUUAAGGAAGUGUUCGACGUUAAAACUGCAGACUCCACCAAGUUGGCUAUUAGUACAUCGGGGGACUAUAGCCAUGCUAAUGGCUCAGUGAAUUAGUAUAUAUUAGUAUAUAGGGGGAAUCACCUCACUAAUGGCUCAGUGAAUUGACCCAGUCUUACCUCUGUAGAAGAAAUCCAAAGUGGAAAGCACAUUAAAAUGGCUGCCAUGGGAGAAUCAGCCAUGAUUGUGUCACCUAAUAGAGGCUGAAACGGGUCACUUUUGAGUGUUUUUGCCUCGAUACAUGGAUGAACUUUAGCUGUGUUGCAUGACUACUCGUCAAACAACUGAACCACAUCUGCUGUGAUAUAUAUCGCCAUGCUUCAUGAAAAUUCAAUUUGAUUUUGACAACUGUUGCUUAGGCUGAAGUCACUCGGUUUAACCAUUGUACAUAUAGUGAUGUAUCCUCUUUACUUUUGUUUUGUUCGUAAACACAUGAAUUUCAUUUUCAGAAACGUAUUUCUUGUUGAUAUUUACUGCUGCAAGUACAUGUAUAAAAUGUCGUCUCUAGGUGCAAUAUUAUCAUACCAGUAAAUCUGUCUUGUAUGUGUACAUUAAUGUAAUUUAUAUCCUUGAUUUAAAGUUCAGAAAGAGACUGGGAGUAGUACUUAUACAAAUGACUUUAGUUUGUGUUCCUUUGGGAAACAUUUUAUAAGAUGUUUUGAUUAUAAGUAGAUCGAUAACUUCACAACUUUAGGUAUGGAACAAUUUAAACAUUUCCAUCGUUUCUCAUUCACAGCUGUUAUACCUGUACAUGUUUGGAGUAUCUUGAAUUGCAUUUCAUUUCUCAAAUUCGGCAUAUUUUGGUUAAAGACCAAUAAUUGAUUUCUUUGAUCGGUUUUAACUACAAUUUUUUUUCUCGUAAAUUUAUUGAGAUUUUAAUAUUGCAGAAACUCUAAAUGCUUCCCAUACCCAUUUAUCCAUUCAUGCAUUUUAAGUAUGUAUUUAACAAAAACAUUGUUUCUAACAUUAUUUACUCAAUCAUGUUGAAUAUUUUCAAAGUGAGGGAGAGAAAGAGAGAGACAGACAGAGAGAUGUUUUGAAAUAUUGAUGGUCAGACUGUUCUGAACUUCUGAUGCAUGUAAUAAGUUCUUGAACAAGUACCUCAUAUAAUAUUGAGUGCUAAGUUCUCACUGUCACAUACAGAUGUACAUUUCACUAUGAUUCUCAUUGUUACACACAGAUGUACAUUUCACUAUAGUGCAUGUGUGAUUGUUAUUUAUUCAGCAUGUUAAUUUUUUAAACCGUAUGGUUUGAAGAGAUGAAGUUGAUAUGAUAAGUAAAGUAAUAAAAAUCAUCUUUA